AUGUUUGAUGGACUCGGAGAACCGGCCAAGGCCGAAUCAUGUAUCCGUGCGAUAGAGCGCAUCUUCGCGAUUUUGGGAUGUAAUGAUAGGGAACGAAUGAGUUGUGUGACCCACCAACUAACUGAAGCAGCUGACUUUUGGUGGGAUACCAGAAUGAAGACUAUGCCGCGAGACCAAGUAGAAGGGAUGACAUGGGAAGGUUUUAAGACAGAGAUCUACAACAAGUACGUGCUAAAGAGCUACCGAAAGGCAAAGGCAUCCGAGUUCUACAAUCUGAUCCAAGGACGCAUGACUGUAACUGAGUACGAUAGAGCGCUCAAUAGCAUGACCCGAUAUGCACCUGAUCAGGUCGAUACCGACGAGAAGCUGUCUGAUUGGCCUCGGUUUUCGGUCGGGUGUGUAAAUGCAAGAGUGUAUCCAACUGAGCAUGAUAAGAUUCCCAACCUAGCUUAG